CCGGAAGUGUGAUGUGGCCGGGAGCGGGUCGUCAUGUCUGCCAUCUUCAACUUUCAGAGUCUGCUGACUGUAAUCUUGCUGCUCAUAUGUACAUGUGCCUAUAUCAGAUCCUUGGCUCCCAGCUUACUGGACAAAAAUAAAACUGGACUACUGGGAAUAUUCUGGAAAUGCGCCAGGAUUGGUGAACGGAAGAGCCCCUACGUGGCUGUGUGCUGUGUCGUGAUGGCCUUCAGCAUCCUUUUUGUCCAGUAGCUGUUGGAGAGUGUCCCCUAUGCCCUACUACCAAACCGCAAAGCACGGAAGAACUUCUGACAGGAAGUGUCAUCAAGUCUUCCCUCAUGUUGGACAGCCCAUCUAAUGGACAAGCCCCUGCUCCUGCAAAUGGACCAUCAUGUACAGUUUUAGUGAUCAUAAUGUAGCUAGCUCCUGACGACACGUCCUUAUUAAUGUCAAGUCAGUACUGACACUCCCGAUGCAACUCUGGAAAGAGUGUCUGUUGUAUGUCUGAGUUUCAGGGGAGCUUUUCUCAGACCACACAUUUUAAAUAGCUUUUCAAUCUUUUGAUAGGCCUAUUUAAUGAAAUGUAAAAAUUAUAAGUCUAGCAAUAAGACCACUCUUGCAAGAACAAAGAACAAUGUGAUUCUAGGAUAUAUUUAAAAAAGUAUUUUCAGUUCUUAUUGUUUGAACAAUUCCUGUCAUUUUGUGAUAGCAUACUAGAAAUACAACCUCGGGCCUAAGUUACAUUCAGCUUUCGUUUUCUAAACUUGCAGGUCCUCACAUAAUCUAUCAAUAUAUUUUUUGUUAGGAUAUUAAUAUGGUAGGGACCAUAAUUUCAGUGAUGUAUGAGUAGCUGCUGAGAAGGCACAGAUGUGGGAUGUGAGAACGUGGACUGCUCUGUGUUAAAUAUCAUGUGUAUUUGCUUUUAGAGAUGUAGGUCUCAGGUAAAUCAUUCCCCAGCUUUUUAACUGUUGCUUUUAAUACAAGGGUGUUAUAUCAACUGGAUCAAAGUUAGCUUCUUAGGAGAGUGCAGAUAAGGAAGUUGCAUGUUUCAAUAUUCUAAAGCCAACUAAAUGAUAGUAGAUUCGCUAUUCUGAAAGAUUAGGUUACCUUUAGUAAUACUUACCAUUAGGAUUAAUUUUGUGAUUUUACAAACUUUCAGUAAUCUAGUAUCUUAUUUUCGUAGUGCCCAACAUGCACAGGCAUAGUACCCAACCAGACAUCUAUAUGACUUCAUCUUGCAUUUGGGAGAGUUGUCUGUCAGCAGUAUUUUGCUCAGUAGGUGUGUGAACAGAAUGGGAGAAGCUGGCAAUAAA